AUGUCUAAAGAAAGGAAAUUGGCUGGUGACUAUUGUGGAAAGUUUAACAACAUGUCAUCUAAUAUCGUUGUCACUGCUCAAGUAGUUGAUGAUAUAGUUUCACCAUUUUUUCCCUUUUUUGGGACAGUCACGAAAGUUCUUAAAUCGUUAUUGGAAGCCUAUGAUAAUGCAAAGUGCAACCGUAAAAUUUGUUCAGCUUUAAUAGACCGGGUUGAAAUAGCCAGGAUAGCUGUUAAAUCUUUAGAAAGAGAGCAAUUAGAAAAUGAAGAACUGUUUCGAAAUCAAGACUACUAUAAUGCAUGGGUCAGAUUUGACAUAGUUUUAAAAAAUAUUGAGAAAUUUGGCAAAGAAGUUACGCAAUCGCCAGCUUGGCAAGGAUAUAUAUAUGCAGGGUCAAUUAAAGAAGCAUUCGAUAAAAACAUUAAAGAGUUUGAAGAAGCUUGUCGCGAUUUACAUUUUACAUUAGCUAUUUACAAUAUUCAGCAAAGAGAAAUAGAAUCCAAAAAAAUUAUUAAAGAUAUUGAAAGUUUAGAUGUGACCACGAAAGAACUCAGCCAUGAAAUGAAAAUAAUAAUGAAAAUAUUAACACAAUUGAGCGAAUACAUGAAUAAUCCUAAACAAUUGAUCAGAGUAGAUUCUAAUAUAAGCAAUUUUUACUCAGCACGUCGCAUAGAGCCAAAUGAUAUCAAAAUAUCUAGCGAAACCAGAAAAUCCAUUAUUAAAGGAGAUUAUUUUGGGAUUCAAGUUGCAUGUAAAAAAAUGAAUAAUAUGGAAAGCACUGAUAAUUUAGGCCAGACUGAGAGAGGAGAAAGGCGGCCAAAUGUCGUGGAAGUUUUAGCAACACUCAAUGAUCUUUACGAAUGUUGUGUUCCUAAAAGAUUUUCUUCAAACAUCACUCCUAAAGAAAGUUACGUCCAAGAACCAUUCUAG